AUGACCCUUUUCGUCGUGUGCCCGGCACGCCGCGGGGUCGUCGAAGCAGGCUUCUUCUUGUCGGCACUGCUAUGUCCAUUGGCGGCCGCAGCCGGAACCUUCCAAUCAAAUGUGAAUGCGUCGAGCUCCCCUCGGAUCUACAACGCUAGCGAGAUGAACGAAGAUUGGCUGGGAUACUCGUGCGCCUCCAUCGGCGACGUCAACGGAGAUUCCCUGAUGGAUGUCAUGGUGGGCUCCUACGGAAGCUCUCACUUGAGCGAAGGCGCGGCCCACGUCGUGUACGGCACUAAUACAUCCGCAGCGUACGACGCUUCUUUCCUCGAUCUCGGCGCCGGGGGUGGUGGAGGGCUCGACGGGGUCGACGGCUUCACUCUCUCGGGGAUGUCGAUAGAAAUAGAGCUCUACGCGAAGCUGAUCUCCGACACGCUUGACAGGCAACUAUCGUUGCAGUACACCGGGAACCCGCUGUCCUCGGCGGGAGACGUCAACGGGGAUGGUUAUGGCGACAUUCUUGUCGGUAGCCCGACGGCCGGAGCGGUGUAUCAGGGGCACACCUACCUGGUGUUUGGUGGUGCCGGUCUGCCGAGUAGAGUGAACCUGACGGAAUCGGACGACGUGACCGGAGGGAACGAGGGCGUGGUGGUGUUUAAGGGGGCUUUGACAGACGAAUCCGGUUUCUCUGUGUCCGGGGGGUUCGACAUGAACGGCGAUGGAUUGAGUGAUUUCAUCAUCGGAGCACCGGAAGGGGGAACCACCGGGGAGUUCGACGGGGAGGCGUAUGUCAUAUUCGGGCAGGAAAACCUGGCCGAUUCUGACACGGUGAUGCUUGACACCGAUCUGGAUGGGACAGUCGGUUUCAGUAUCCUUGGGCCUUCGGAUGACGCUUACGCCGGCAGCUCCGUUGCGGGAAUCGGGGACGUUAACAGCGACGGCUACGAUGAUGUCAUCGUUGGAGCUUUCGGAGACGUACCUGACAGGAGAUAUCGAGCGGGCGCAGCGUACGUGGUGUUCGGCAGGGCCGAGGGCGACUUUGCCGCAGCUUACGAUCUCAGAAGCGCCGACAUCGUUGAAGGACAGACGGCUACCUCGCUGUUGGGGCUGCGAGCGGAAGACGCCACGGGUAUCGGUGUGGGCCCGGCGGGGGACCUCAACGGGGACGGAGUACCAGAUAUUUGGGUCGGGGCUCCUACCUCAGACCCAGGCAGCCUGGAAGAAGCCGGGUCUGCGUACAUUGUGUUUGGGUGGAAAGAAGAAGGGGACGUCUCUUCCUGGGGAGAGUCCGUCGACCUUUCCGCACUCGAUGGAUCGAACGGGUUUGUCAUAACAGGCUCCACCUCAGGGGGGCAUUUCGGGUGGACGGGGGCGGCCAAUGUGGACAUGAACCGCGACGGAGUUUCUGAUCUGCUGAUCGGAGGCUUUUUGGUCCCGGGGUUGUAUGUUGUAUUUGGUAACGGAGGCGAACCGUACGAUAACACAACCGCGGUGAUUUUGGCGAUCGUCUGCGGCGUCUUGGGUUGCCUCUUCUGCGUUGUGCGCGAAGCGCGAAUAUGGCUUGCCAAGAGAGAGGCGAAAGCAGAGGAAGCACGGAAGUCGAAGGAAACCGAUGACGAUUCGAUCGGGCACUGGAAUAUGAAGAAAGGAGACGAGGAACAGAUGAAGCCGACAAAUACGAGAGAUAUCAACCAGGGCUGUGAAAUCGUUCACCCAACAUGACCUUGGAACAGAUUCAUCGCAUUUCCGUAGCCGCUCUCGUGUUGAAAUGAGUUCGGAUGUUCAAGUAACGGUGCAUGCUAGGGAGAAGAAGAGAAGCAUGUAGAGUUCUAAACGAGCACAGACCCUAUGAAGAGCGAAUAUUCCAUCAGCUGAGCACCACGACGAGCUUUUGUCGAGUACUACAGUAAAUAUAUGCCGAAAAUUGAAACUUCAGACAUGCAAAAGAAGUCACGAUAUUGCUUGUGUGCGACGGAUGGGUCUUGU